UGACAGCGUGUCCCCUUUACACUGUCUCAGUGUGAAAUCAGAGGGGGACGCGCCGCACUCGGUGGCCGUUAAAGAGGAGGCUGAGAUUCAGCCCGUGUGUGGGGAGGAGAUCAGAGCGGACUUAGCUCACACACGUCACAGACGACACACAGAACCCUGGGACACAGGAGACAUGCAGGUAGAAAACACUGCCCACCUGCCACCCUCACAGGAUGCAGCGAAACGACUUCAGGCAUUUUCAGAUAAAGUGGAGAGUCUGACAUCACAGUUCAGGCAGCAGCAACACGGACCUCCAGAAAAGAGCACCAGACUGAAUACCGAUUGUUCGGCGGCUGGAAACUUUCAAGUAAAAAGAAGCAAAGCGAGGUCCACAGAUGGAAAGAGAACAUUCAGUGUAAGAUCAAGAACGUUAUCAGCCUGUCAGUUACUGUGUGUAUUUAAUACAUACAUGUCAUCACUAGUAGUGUCUACCACUUUUCCCUUUGUGUUUGUCUCUGUUUCUCAGAAUGUGGCCAGGCAGGUACUCACUCAGUCCCAGGUUUGGCAAAACGCCUGCUACAGCAAAAAUAUAGACUGGAAGCCAAUAACGGCAAAGAUCGUUUCCACCCUCCCGCAGCUGCUUGGGCGGGAAGCCGAGGUUAUAGACCGCUGCACUAAAAUGCUGCAGAACCGGAGGGAGUAUCUGCGAAGGACCGGCCAGGCCAGAGCUCACACGCAGUUUGCAGCGGCGGUCUCGCCUGAGAAGAGGAAGCCUGCUGACCCUGAAAGGGUGAAUUCAGGAGGUGGGAGACGAGUGACACCCAUCCAAGCUCUACAGAAAUGCAGUUCUGCCUGCUGUCCAGUGUGAGCGAGGGCUCUUCCUGCACAGGGCGGGAGGGAGAGCAGAGAGGAUGAUGGGAAGGUAUGCUGGAGGAUGGAAGGCAGAGAGUACCC